AAAUGAUCCACACAGGGGAGAAGCCAUUUAAAUGCAUGGAGUGUGGAAAGACCUUUGCUCGAAGACAUCAUCUUAUUUACCAUCAGAUGAUCCACACAGGGGAGAAGCCAUUUAAAUGCAUGGAGUGUGGAAAGACCUUUGCUCGGAGAGAUAAACUUAUUUACCAUCAGAUGGUCCACACAGGGGAAAAGCCAUUUAAAUGCAUGGAGUGUGGAAAGACCUUUGCUCGGAGAGAUAAACUUAUUUUCCAUCAGAUGAUCCACACAGGGGAGAAGCCAUAUCAAUGCACGGAGUGUGGAAAGACCUUUGCUCAUAAUACUGAUCUAAGAAUACAUAAUAGAAUCCACACAGGGGAAAAGCCAUUUAAAUGCAUGGAGUGUGGAAAGACCUUUGCUCGAAGAGGUAAUCUUAUUUCCCAUAAGAUGAUCCACACAGGGGAGAAGCCAUAUAAAUGCGUGGAGUGUGGAAAGACCUUUGCUCGAAGAGGUCAUCUUAUUUCCCAUAAGAUGAUCCACACAGGGGAGAAGUCAUAUAAAUGCAUGGAGUGCAGAGAAACAUUUACUCAAAAAAGUAGUCUUAUUUCCCAUCAGGUGAUCCACACAGGGGAGAAUCCAUAUAAAUGCAUGGAGUGUGGAAAGACCUUUGCUCGAAAAAGUCACCUUAUUUCCCAUAAGAUGAUCCACACAGGGGAGAAACCCUUUAAAUGCCUGGAGUGUGGAAAGACCUUUCCUCAAAGAGAGAAUCAGAAUAAAAAUGAAUCCAGUGUGCUAACAUUGGAAAUGAUCAAUCAAGCAGGAAGACCUUUGAAAAUCAUUGGGGUCAAAAUAAGAUACAGAAACUCGAAGCCAUUUGAAAUCUUUACAAGCCAAAUUUUUCUUUUGGUCACCAAAAAAAAAAAAAAAAAAGUGCAGAAUAACUUGGAGGGAUCAGAGUCCUGCAGCGCCAGAAAUGGUCCUGUGAAGGAAAAGGCAUCUGGAGACCCAGAAGAGUCCUUGGAGCCAUUUGGAGUUGCUCUGCAGGAGAGAGAAAGGAUGGAGAAACAACCUUUGGGAAAGCAGGGAAGCGGAAAAGGCCCUUCAGCUGCUCAACCUGGGAAGCUCUGGACAAGAACCGGGCAGAAGAUCCUGGAGGAGGAAACCAUUCUCCCUUCAGAAGCUCAGUCCUGGAACUUCAUCCAAUACCAGGAAGCUGAGGGUCCCCGAGGACUUUGCAGCCGACUCCAUGACUUUUGCAGGCGAUGGCUGAGACCAGAAAAGCACACCAAAGCCCAGAUGCUGGACCUGGUGGUUCUGGAGCAGCUCCUGGCUCUCCUGCCCAAAGAGAUGGAGACCUGGGUGCGGGAGUGUGGAGCAGAGACUAGCUCUCAGGCGGUGGCCCUGGCUGAAGGCUUCCUUUUGAGCCAGACGGAGGAGCAGAAGGAGCAGAUCAAGUUGCAGUGUUCCGCUGUGGAAAUAAGAGAUCCUGAGAGAAAGAAGAAUCCAUCAAAUCCCCCUCAGAAGCUGUUUUUCAGGAGGAUUCCUUGUGAAGAUCAAAGUCAGGACACUUCAAGAGAGAAAAACAGAAUGAAGUUUUCUGAUUUGUAUGAUGGAGCUCAAAAAGCGGUUGAACCUCCAAAUCAAGAGAGUCUUGUGUCCUUCGAGGAGGUAGCUGUGUAUUUAUCUAAGGAGGAAUUGUCUCAGCUGGAUCCUGGCCAAAAAGCGCUGCAUUCGGAAGUCAUGCUUGAAAACCAUCAGAAUGUAGUCAUGCUGGGUAAUAAUGAGCAGGACAAUCAAGAUUCUUGUGAACCGUUCGAAGUGAUCAGUGCGAAGGAUGGAACAGAGAACUUUGGAAUUCAAAUGAAAUUAGAAACCCAUGACAGAAACCAGUCAAAUGAUUGGAAUCAGAAAAGCUCAUCUUCCACCGAUGCUCCAAUGCAAGACUUUCUUGCCCAACAAGAGAAAAUAGGGAAAAAAUAUAUUGGGGAAAGUGUGAAGCCAAUCAAAGCUAAAUUAACUGUAAACGAACAGUAUUUAACCCAGAACAAAGGAGAAGAUGGUAUAAGACACAACGGACAAAAUUACAAUGGGACAUUCAUUCAUUCUCUUGGAAAUAACUUCCUUACAUGUCAAAAAGUGAUUCACACAAAAGAGGAUCCUUAUAAAUAUUUGGAAUCUGGAAAACAUUUUACAACGAGUGGGCAAUUUACUUCCCAUGAAGUAAGUCACACUGGGGAGAAACAGUGUUCAGAAGCACCUGUAGCCCAUGUAGCCCAGUCCCUCCAGGCAGCAGGAGAGAAACCACAUAAAUGUAUGGAGUGUGGAAAGACCUUUGCUCUGAGCAGUAGACUUAUUAUCCACAAAAAGAUCCACACAGGGGAAAAGCCAUUUAAAUGCAUGGAGUGUGGAAAGACCUUUGUUCAAAGAGGUAAUCUUAUAACCCAUAAGAUGAUCCACACAGGGGAAAAGCCAUUCAAAUGCACGGAGUGUGAAAAGACCUUUAUUCGUAAGUAUGAUUUUAGUAUCCACAAAACGAUCCACACAGGAGAGAAGCCAUUUAAAUGCAUGGAGUGCGGAAAGACCUUUGCUCACCACAGUUAUCUUACUUCCCACAAAAAGAUCCACUCAGAAGAGAAACCAUUUAAAUGUAUGGAGUGUGGAAAGAUGUUUACUAAGAGCAGUGCUCUUACUUCUCAUAAGAUGAUCCACACAGGGGAGAAACCAUUUGAAUGCAUGGAGUGUGGAAAGACCUUUGUCCAAAGAGGUAAUCUUAUUUCCCAUCAGGUGAUCCACACAAGGGAAAAGCCAUUCAAAUGCACCGAGUGUGGAAAGACCUUUGCGCAAAGAAGUCAUCUUCUUACCCAUCAGAUGAUCCACACAGGGGAGAAGCCAUAUCAAUGCAUGGAGUGUGGAAAGACCUUUCCUCAAAGAGGUCAUCUUACUUCCCAUGAAAAGAGCCACGCAGAAGACAAACCAUUUAAAUGCAUGGAGUGCGGAAAGACCUUUGCUCGAAGUGGUAAUCUUAUUUCCCAUAAGAUGAUCCACACAGGAGAGAAGCCAUAUAAAUGCAUGGAAUGCGGAAAGACCUUUGUUCAGAAUGGUAAUCUUACUUCUCAUAAAAGGGUCCAUGCUCGAGAGAAAAUAUAUAGCAAUACAAACUCCACUUUACACUUCUGUAGCAAUAGCACUUACAGUGCUUUACAGACCUCUCUAAGCGGUUUUACAUAGCCAGCAUAUUGCUCCCAACAAUCUGGCUCCUCAUUUUACAGACCUCAGAAAGAAGGAUGGAAGGCUGAGUCAACCUUGAGCUGCUGAGACCUGAACUGCCAAACUGCUGGCAACAGGUGAUCAGCAGAAGUAGCCUGCAGUACUGCACUCUUAACCACUGCGCCACCACGGCUCUUAUAUAUACCAGCCACAAAGCUUUAUAGCAAUCUUUGAGCAGUUUACAAAGUCAGCAUAUUGACCCCAGCAAUCUAGUCCUCAUUUUACCAAACAGAAAGAUUAAAGGCUGAAUCAACUAUAAGCCGGUCAUAUCGAACUCAGCUUUCAGCUUUUCCUCCAUUUUGGAACUAUUUUUCUUUUUUCUUUCUCUUCAGAGCCUUUCCGUGGGCACAAGAGAUGGGUUGCCCACGGUGUUCAUUUGAAUUUGCUGGAGGGGUCUCUGCCCUUUCAUCUUCCCUCCUUCAAUGUGAGGCUGAGGGAAUAAUUUGGGAAGGGCACCUGUAUAUAUUCAAUUAAAGAAAUAAAAAAUAAAUGUAUAAAAAUCA